AAAGCCAAAAUGGUUUGGAAGUUUGUUUGGACCACAAACAGAGAGAGACCCAUCUAAAGUCAAAGGUACAUGCAUAAUAGGCCCAUGCAUGGUCUCCAACGGUGGCAAUGUGACCCGACUACAGUGGGACGAUUUGAAACGGACACUAAGCUUUGCUUGGGAGCUCCAUGUGUUUGGCUCAGCUGUACUGUUUCUGCUGGUGGUGGUUGCUGCAACUUUUGGAGUGAUCGGUGGGGCUAGUAUGCUCCAUCCCUUUUGUAAGGCAUUCACUCUUGCUAACAUCCUGCUUCUGCUAACAGGUCUGCUUCGAUUUGUACAGUUCAUAAUUGACCCGUACGGUACCAGAAAUAUUCUGCCUCGCCCUGCCCUCACUGCUUUGUAUAACUUACCAGUUCCCUUAUUGCUCUGGGCCCAAGCCACCUUGGCACUUCUUGCUCUGAGGGAAGAAUCUCUUCAAUGGCUCUCUGUGACUGGGGGACUGGCAGCACUGCACUGUAUCUCCCUCCUUUUGGCUGACCUGCUAUCCAAAACCUUGUUGCCAGCACUGCCAUUAAUGUUACAGACAUUUACUAUUUGCUGGGGGUUACUGCUUUGUUUAGGAAUCUUUUUCCAUUGUCUAAAGCAACUCUACUCCUCCCACAGGUCCCCUCUACCAAGGUGGAGUGGCCCCAAACGCUUAGAAAACAGUGUCAGGUGUGUGCUGUUGCUGUGUGCCCUCCUUGGGGUGUUCUCCUGCACUCUUCAAAUCUAUAGUUUCCUCUGGUUGUAUGGGUUACUUGGUGACUGGCGCAGAUUUGGGUGGGGCUGGUGGCUCGGGCAACUCUCGGCACGACUGCUUGAGCUGGCCUGGAGUUUAUCUCUUCUACUUCUGGGAUCUAGGGUGCUCUGGAAACCACAAGGAAGUAAGCAGACAGCUAAGAGAGGAGGGAAGGGGAAACACUGGAGCAGGCUGUUGGACAGGUUACAAAUGGGGCAUUGGAGGAGCCCAGAUAAGAACUGGGCUGAAUUGUUGCCGAAUAACUGGAAAGGUCACAGGCAGUCCAGUGCAAAUGUCAGCCAGUCGGUGAUCCGAAACCAUGCAACUCCAGUGACCUCAAUCAUGACGGUGCAUGACAAUGUGGAAGUUAUUGGCGAAGGUGUCCUGUUCAGCAGCAGUUACGACCACCAUGCAUCUCCUCUGUGGACUAGCGGUGUGGAAUGGCAAGAACACGAGUGCUUUCUCUCACUUAUUGAGUUUGACCUUCAUCCCCCUUCACCCAUCAGCCUCCAUCACAGCAUUGACAGCGCCCUCCAUCAUGCCCACUUGCUUGGUGUAGGUACCCUUUUCACCCCUUCAGCACCCUCCUGGACCCAAAAUGAUGGGUCAGGUGGACCACUCUGCGAUAAUGUUGUGUCACCGACCACCCCAGCUAACAAAGCCUAUAGUUGGGCUUUAGAUACUGGCUCGAGUCCUAACUCCACUGAGCAUCAGACUGAAGUGUCUGUGAUUGAGCCCCUGGCUUCCUUGACUCCAGAGACCAUUAGAAAAGUUUGGGAGAGAGAUACGGCCAUCCCAAGAGUCACUGUAGAUGACGAAUGCAUCAGCAUAGCGAGUGGUGAUGACGUCACUAGUCUUUGAACUACUAAAAAGUUGAGCACUUUAGCACUUUCCACAUGCAAAAUAGCAGAUUUAUGCAUUUUUAAAUAGACAAUGGACACAAUAAAAUACUAUUUAAGUAAUGUGACUCUUAUAUUCUUACUGAAUGGAGUUUAAUGGAUAAAAUACAUUAAAUAUAGUCAUUUUUUAGAAGCUCUCUCUCUGACUGUGUAUGUAUAUUCAUGUGUCCCAUAAUAUAU